AUGACCAUUCCUUCUCCUCCCCCGCCACCACCGCCGCCGGCAUUUGAGAGCGUCGCCCCUCGUCCGACACCGCGACCACCCACAGUCCCGCCUGAUGGUCCGGCCGGGGCGUUUCUAGUGCAACUUUUCGUGUUCAACGGCUCUCCGUUCAAGGAUCAUUGGGCAUACUUUGUGCGGUCCAAUGCCAGGCACACGCAGGGCGUUGUUUUGCAUGCCACUGGCGACGUCAAUAACGGGUUCCGGCUGGAGUUCAAAAGGAUGCACGACCUCGAUACAGCCGAUGAGGUGCCGUCGGAGAUCAUACCCCUGCAGUGGGUAGAUGCGCAGUAUUUCGAUGAAACGGCUAUGCUCAACAAUGGCAAUCCAGUCAUCGACGCCGUGCCUGUAUGCCCAUUCGAGGCCAGCGCAUGCAAAGUCAAGGCGCCAGGAAAGUCUUUGAACUCGGCUGCUGAAAUUACAUAG